AAUAAUAUCGAUUUUUCCGAAUUUUAGUCUUUAGAAAUAAAGACUUUGAAGUGCUCUCUCAAUUUUAAUUUUCGUCACAUAAAAGAGAGUUUGAUUAAAAAGGUACAACGAUAGGAUAUUUUGAAGACUUGAGCCAAGUAAGAGUUCUGUCUUAAAAUUCAGAAGUUAAUUUCUGCAAAUUUUACUGCAAACUCCAAAGAGGAAGAACUUCUUCGAAAAGAAAAUCUUCAAUCAGAAAGUAUUCGAUUGUAAAUUAUGAGAAAGACUUUUAAUUUGAAAUUUUUUUGAUUUUUGAGAAUAAUUCUACUUGUGUUGCAAGAGAAAAAAAUUUGAUAGCCAUUUAACAGUUUCAAACUUCGAGAAGGAAGGAUUUGAAGACUUAAUCUUUGACAAUUCAACUGUAAGUGAGGAAAGAGAUUUACUUUGAAAUCGACUUUACCUGUAACCUAUGGAUAGAAACGUUUUGAGAAUUUCUUUAUAUUUGUGGGCCGUUACUUCAACUAUGAAGAGAAAGGAUCGAAAAACCAUAUUUUCAAGCUAAAACUUAAAUGAGAAUGAAAGAUUUAAGAGCCAAUCUUUCAGAUUUAUAACUUCAAUUUUAAACAAAUCAGAUUUAUUUGCUUUUAAGAAUUAUUAUAUUCCAAUCAUGCCACAUCCUUGCGUUGUUUGUGGCCGUUCACGCAUGAAUCCCAACAAUCGCGAGGAAGAGUAUAUGUUUUUCGGCUUUCCAGUGAACGAUGAAGCUCGUUGUUGUCGUUGGUUAGAGUUCUGCGGUCGUGAGGACCUCUACAAACUUACAAAAAAGCAGCUUCUUCAGCGUAUGGUCUGCUCGAAGCAUUUCCGACCCCAAGAUUUCGUUAAUGAAUACACGGACCGUUUAAAUUUCACCGCAGUUCCGUCGGUUUACGAUCCUAAGCAGAGUUUAUACAAUAUAACAUGUGUUCUUUGUCGAAGAACACGAAGGGAUCCACCUGCAGCGGAUUAUGAUGGAACGACCUUUCACCACUUUCCUGGAGAAGAAUUCCGCUGCCUCAAAUGGUUGGACUUUGUUGGAGUCGACUCUUAUUACAGGCUAACAAGAAAGGAAAUUCUUUACUGCUAUAUCUGUUCCAAACAUUUCGAUCGUUCCCAAUUUGUCCCAGAAUACAAGGGAAGAUUAAUGGAGAAUGCAGUUCCGAAUAUUCGUGAUCCAGAUCAAUUGAGCCAAGCGGAACUAUCUAUUACUGAGUUGCCGACUAAACCAAAGCUUUUCAGUUCUCCAGAUAAGUGUAAAAAGUUGGAGCCACUGCCUGUUAAAAUAUUGGAAAGCCAAGCUUGUGCAGCUUGUGGUCGGUUAAGAUCGGAUCCGAGGAAUAAGAUUGAACGUUACAAAUUCCAUCCAUUCCCGGCAUACGAAAUAGGCCGAUGUUUGCGUUGGUGUCAAUUCUUGGGCCGGGAAGAUUUACUCAAAAUGUCGCCUAAUCAAAUACGCAAACUCGUACUUUGUUCGAAACAUUUUCAGACCGGCCAAAGCUUCCAUAAAGUUGGUCCAUGCGAUGCGGUACCCACGAUUAAGGACGUUUCUGAAUCUGAAAAUAUUAUAGAGCAAAAUGAAGAGGAUCAGGAUCUCGGAGAAGAUAGCAAAGACCCUUCCAAGGGUCUUAAACGUCGCAGGCCACUGGUGUCCAGCAAGAAACCCAAAAUCGACAACAAACCUACGCCAUUGGCAAAGAAACGAGGAAAAUCCAGGAGACCUACUUCCAUUAAUAUUCCUAGGCUUCUUCCCAAUAAUUUGGAGAAUCAAAUGAUCAGAAAAUUACCUCUUCCGUCUACAACCAAUUGGAAGAUCCAGUUAGGAGAUCAAUUGCAGCCGAUUACAAUUAAUAAUAUCUCUUCGAAUGUGACUAAUCAGGCAAAUUUUAAGAAGAUUAUAAUGCCAUUUACUGGCGAUUUAGCAAGUCUUGGUACUCCGAUACCAGUUGAAAGUUUAUCAAGUAUUCCUCCGGGGCUGCUGAUCAAAAUAAAUUUGCCAGAACAAGAACAACAGCAACCGCAACAACAGCAGAAAUUAUCAAAAGUGAAGAAGCAAAACAAGAAGGUGACAAAUAAUUCAAAUGAACAAAUUCGGGAAAAAAAUAAUGGCCAAAAAAUAACUCCUGUUAGUAUAGUGCAUGAUACGAAACAAAUUAAAAAUAUAACAGAACUUAUAUCAAUGUCUUCAGAACCUGUAAUUGAGACUUUAAAUACUAAUAAAAUAGAAAUGCAGGACGAAGUGAUUUCGAACUCCUUGAAGAUUAUAAAUGUUCAAGGUGGAGUACAGGUAAAGGAAGAGUGUUUCGAGAGGUCGGAGGAGAAAAAAAUUCCAAAGAAGAAGGUAAAGCGACAGAAGAAAAUCACGAGGACCAUGAAAAGAACUAUGUUUCCUAUCAAGAAUGAGAUUAAAUAUUUCUUGAAAAAAAUGACACCGCUAAUGCGUCGGCUACCGACACAAGCUAGGGCGACAAUGAAAUUAUCAAUCGUUAACAUGGUAAUUGAUCAACUCUGAAAUUAUAAAUAUGUAUUCUAAAAUCAAGAAGCAUAUAUUUUGAAAUUAAUUUUUCAUAAUUUUACUGAUCAAAAAACGAAAUCUAUAAAUAAUAUUGUUGGAAUUUACAUUUUUUCGAAAACAAAUAUCUAAUACAUUUUCUUAAUGAGAUAAGUUCUUUAAUUAGUUGUUGUCAUAUUUGAUAACAUUCAAGAAUCUUCUAAAAAGAACCCCGUACAAAAAAAACAAGGAUUUUUAGCUCUCGAUGAAAUUAGCUGAAACUGUAAUGUUAUAGUUUUUUUAAAGGAAUUAGGGCUCCUAAGAAUAAAUCUAAGAUAUCGAAGUAGUAGCCAAAUGUGAAUUGAUACAGAUGUGGAUGUAUAAUAAUUUUUAUUAUUACAAUAUCUAACCACAUACGAAUUGUGCGUCGCAAUUUUGUCGGUUUGAAACAUGAAUCCAAUAGAUUCGUAGCAAAUAUAUAUAUAUAUAUAUAUAUAUAUAAUCGAAUUCGUAGCAAAGAAAACUAAUCAUUUUCAAGUUUGUACCUCAGAAAACUUUUGAUCAGUGAGCCAAGAUCUAUAACGUACUACAGUUUCAGCCAAUUUCAUCGAAGAUCAAAAACCCUUGAUUUUGUGCGGAGUCCUUUAUUUAUUUAUUUGAACAACGUAAGCGAUUGAAAAUACCGC